CAAAAACUGAAAAUUUGAGUCAGUUGGUGUUACUUGGUGCUGUGAAUCAGAAGUCGUUCUCUGUAUCCUCUACUUAAUUAAUUUUUUUAAAGAUGAAAUUCCUUAUUGUCACAAUUGUUUGCUGUAUUGGAGCUGUUGCAGCUAGAAGUAUUGGAAAUAGGGACAAUGACAGUCACUCUGCGGGAUUGCCAUACAACGAAGAACUUGUUGUCGCAUCCUCAAUAAACAUCAGACCGAAGGGACGUAACGAAAUCAUUCGACAAAAGAGGCAGUUUGGUGGAUUUGGACAAAGCCAAUCAGCAGCAAAUGCAAACGCAUACAAUCAACAAUUUGGACCUAAUGGAUUCGGUGCAUCAGCUGCUAAUGCCGGAGCUCAAGGUUUCCAGAGUCAAGGGCCUCUAGGUGGUUUUGGCGCUAAUUCAGCUAACGCUGCGACUCAAGCAUUCCAAGCUGGACCAGGCGGCUUUGGAGGUAGUGCUGGCUUUUCAGGAUCACAAAACUAUCAACUUCCUGGCAAUCACAAUAUAGGAAUAACAUACGGACAAACAUACUCCAAUGCCAACGGUGUCCCAAGUCAAGCCGGUUCAAAUAGCAUCAAUUACACAUAAGAAGCAUCAUGAUAAAUUGAGAAAUUACAUCAUUAACUCAAAGUAUACAACUGAUAGAUGUUAAGAUUUUAAUUUGCAUUAUUUCAAAUAGUUUAAGAUGAACAAAAGACAAUAAAAAUUUUGAUAAAUAAGACAACUUG